CAAAACGACUUUCUCAUUCUCUUACUCAAAUAAAGCGACUCCUCUUAAACUAAGUUCACAUAACGAAAAAGACAAAGUAAAAGACUUGACUGUCUGUCUGCGCCUUUAUCGAUUCCAUUGUUCUUCAGCUUCUUCAAUUCGCUCAGUCAAAACAAGGUUUUAUUGUUAGUGUUUUUGAACUUCGCUUUUGACCUUUGUUGUUGGAUCAAUGCCUCCCGCUGACUCUCCACAGUGGCAAGAGAAGGCUAGUGAUUUCUUUUCGUCAUCAGGGGCGAAGCUUAAACAGGCUGGACAAUCAACAGGAACAUUAAUGGGGGAUGUUGCAAAGGAUGCUAAAGGUAAUGUCGCUGAUGUGGCAGAACUAGUUGGUUCAGUGGUCAAAAGCCGAUGGGCACUUCUUCAACAGCCAUCAACCAGACAUGCUGUUCAGGAGCGUCUUAUAACUGCUGCUGCUACUACUAGAAUGUUUUUGAGGAGAGGUUUCUCAGAAACAAAAGAUAAGGUUGCAGUUGGGAAGACAAAAGUUGAAGAGGCUGCAAAAAAAACUGCUAAAAAAAGCAAGACUAUUUUGACUGAUAUUGAACGUUGGCAGAAGGGAGUUGCAAGCACUGAUGUAUUUGGAGUCCCAGUUGAGGUCACUGUACAGCGUCAACAAUAUAUCAAGCCCAUUCCUUAUAUUUUGGUCAAAUGUGCCGAUUACCUCAUAUUAUCAGGCCUAAACUCACAAUACUUGUUUAAAGCUGAGGGGGAUAAAAAGGUCGUUCAGCAGCUGGUUUCUACCUACAAUCAAGACUACACUGCUUCACUGCCAGAGGGUGUAAAUCGAAUCGAUGUGGCAGCUUUGGUGAAAUACUACCUUGCAAGUCUUCCAGAGCCACUGACAACUUUUGAACUUUAUAACGAUAUAAAAGGUGCUCGUUCUAGUAUACAUACAAUGCGAAACAUACUGAAGAAGCUUCCCAGUGUAAACUACAUGACACUAGAGUAUAUAACCGCACUACUGCUCCGUGUUAGUCAGAAGUCACUUCUUAAUAAGAUGGAUGCUCAUAGUCUUGCCAUGGAAAUGGCCCCUGUUGUUAUGUAGGGGACCGUUGUUUCCUGCAUAUUUGCUUGGUUCCUUUUUUAAAAUUACAAAAAUUCAAAAAAAAUUAAAAGUGCCGGUUCAUAGGAUGUGAACCACCUGUUUAACUGUCGAUUCAUAAACCAGAUAUGAACCGAUAGUUUUAUAGUUUAAAAUUAGAUAAAUCGAAACUGAACCAUCAAAAUCUAUUUUAGAUCCGGUUCAGUCCGGUUCUAAUUUUACCGGUUCUGGUUUUGGUUUUAUCCAGGUCAGUUUUGGUCCGGUUCAUGGCCAAACCGGCCCGUGGCCAGGUCUAGGUCUAUAUAUUUUUCACACAAACCAGUAGGUUCUCAUAGAACUUUGUGAGCACCCAUAUUCCUGAAAAAGUUACUCUAACAACCCCUAUUCGCAUAAAAAACAGCGACCCUCCUAUUACCUAGAUUUGUAUCUUUUUAUAGUAGCUCAUUUACUUCAA